CGGACAUAAGUGCUGUAAUUGCGUGAAUCGAGUAUAAGACGAUAAAAUCGGGAUCAAGUAAUCUGCCAUUUCGACAUGAAAGUGUUACGUUUUAGUUAACAAAAUAAUUAUAUUUAAAUAAAAUAAAGUAUUGAAUGAGCCCAAAGAAUAAAAUCAGAAAAUUCAAUAAGAAAAAUUUAUUGCUUUAAAAUAAAAAGUGUGUGUUAAAAGUUUGAGAAAAACAUGGUUAAAAUCGACGAUCCAUGUAGUGUUGACAGAGUUUCAGAUCAUAUUCAAACUUCAGUUCAAAUAACUCAUUUACAUUCACCACCGCCACAGGAACAACUUCAGCAGCCGCAGCAACAAGAUCUUCACCUGCAACAAUUGCAUUCUCACCAUCAAGCGUUGCUGGAUACCCAUCAGCAUUUGCAGCAAUUUUAUAAAAUGGCUCGCACUCCCCACUUAAAAUCAAGUUUCUCCAUUAACUCCAUACUACCGGAGACUGUGGAAGACAACAAUCCGAAUCAUCAGCAUCACUCCCAUCAUCAAAACCAAAACGAUCUCACAUCGUUCAAUCUCUGCGACGACACUGAUGGGCAAGAUGCCGACUCAGAUUUGGAUGUGACAAGCAUGUCACCGCCACCGCCUACCGACGGUAGUGAAUUGAGUAAUAGCACCGAAGGCUUAGUGAAUAACGUGCGCAACCAUCACCACGACGAUGAAGGUACUGAAAGUGAUCUCGAGGCUGGUUUGGAUCCCGAUGUAGUGGAUGACGAUGAGGAUUUAGAUGGAGAUGUAGAGGCCGAUAGAGAAGGAAUAGAGGAUGAAGGGGAAAAUAAAGAUGAAAAUAGUGAGAAACCGGUAACGGAUAAGAAAGGCAAUGAAAAGCCACCCUACAGUUAUAAUGCGCUAAUAAUGAUGGCCAUUAGACAAAGUCCCGAAAAACGUUUAACCCUUAACGGCAUCUAUGAAUACAUAAUGACUAACUUUCCCUACUACAGAGACAAUAAACAGGGGUGGCAGAACUCCAUACGUCACAAUCUUAGUUUAAACAAAUGUUUUGUCAAAGUUCCCCGUCACUAUGAUGACCCAGGCAAGGGCAAUUACUGGAUGCUAGACCCCUCUGCGGAUGAUGUAUUUAUAGGGGGGUCUACGGGUAAAUUGAGAAGGCGCACCACCGCCGCCUCAAGGUCAAGGCUAGCAGCAUUCAAACGUUCUCUGAUAGGGCCAAUGUUUACCGGCCUAGGUUAUCCACAAUUCAAUCAGUUCCUAUAUCCUCAGCAAGCGACAGCCUCUGGUGCUACUAACCCGAGUCUCCUAGCAAGUAUGUAUGGAAGAUACAAUCCUUUUGUGCCAAAGAAUACAACUUUACCUCCCUCGCCCUUCUCUGCCAGAGUUAAUAGUGCCAUGGCGGCUGCCAACUAUAGCAAUAUGGAGCGAUUACUCUCUGCCGCAGCCAUUCCCCCUCAGAGUCAUCCGGCUGCUGCCGCGGCUGCAGCUGCAGCAGCCGCCUCUAUGCCCACCUCCGAUCUUUACCAGCGUUUGCAAUAUCAACAGCUCCUGCAACAACAUGCAGCUGCUGCCGCCAUUGCGGCGCAUCAAAGACAUCAACACCAGCAGCAACAUCAACUAUCUGCUUUGCAUCACAUCAGCCCGCCUACUCACCCGCAUCAAGCUCCAUCAGCCGUCCAUCAACCACUGCAAGUAUUGACCCAUCUGGGCCAGCCUUCUUCGUCGCCUUCCCAUUCAAUAUCACCAUCGGCUGCAGCAGCCGUUUCACCACCUGCGCCUAUCUUAAAGUCAGUAACGGUAGUUUCACGCAAUAGCUGAGUUACUGUAAGUCUAACGCUACUUGUACGUUCGGCUAAUUUAAUAAGAUUGAGGUGUAAAUAUUUAUUGUGUGUAAUUUUGGAUUUGAGUUUAUCUAUUUAAACCAAAAAGACACAUAUUUUCUGAGUUCUACAGGAAUAAUUAAUACAUAUGUGUAUGUACAUAAUAGAGAGAUUUAUUGAUUUUCGCUGAAAAGGUCAAUUUUUAUAACCGAGCUAAAUUUGGCAUUAAAAUGUGCUUAAUUAUAAUAAAAAUAAAAUAAAUAUCCUUUUAAUAUUCAGAGAUAUAUACAUAUGUAUACCUACGAGAUAACAUUUAUAAAUUAUGUAGGUAUAUAUUCAUAUAUAAAAGUUUACAUUUUUGGGAAAUUGUUCAAUUCAGUUCGAUAUUCCCAUGAAUUAUGUGUAUAUUAAGAACAAUAUGUGUAUAUUGUUGCAUACGCCAAAAAGAUCAAAAAUCAUUUUCCGUAGUGGCUUCCAUAACAAACUGAGUUUAAUUAGAAACAAUUUUAAUAGAAAAUUGACAAGUACAAAGGUCGGUGUCUGAAUAUUAGAAAUCUGCAGUGUUUACUUUCUAAUUCAAUAAACUAAAGAAUUGUGUUUGUGAACAUAUCGCUCAUUUACAAGACUGAUAUAAACCAAAAUUCGAGUAUUUUGAUCUGAGUACUAGAAAAUGUGUUAUAUUAAAGUCAAUCAUAUAGAUUUUUGUUGUGAACGUCUAAACUAAAACCCUUGUUUGCACGUAGGUAUAUUUAAUAAAUACAAAUUUAGUAUAACAUAUUAACACCUGCCAAAUUUGCCAAAUCAAUUUCAAUUGAUGAAGAACUAAAUUAAAAUAAUUUUUUUGACUUUUUAACUCAAUUCCCCUAUAAAUAUUUAUAAUAUACAAAUAUUUUAUUGUAUUUUUUAUGAAUACGUUUAAUGAAACAAAUUAUAGUCCUGACAUUUUUAUACCCAUUUUCAGAAACGAUGUUCCACGAAUAUUAUUUCCACUAUUAAAUCUCGUUUCAGCAGAACAGGCCAUUUGAUGAUUUUAACACAGACUUGUCAUAGGAGGGAUGUCCCUUUUAUUUCAUUACAAAUUCACUAUAUCCGAGGUCAUUCUCAAGAAGUAAUUUUUAUGAAAUACAUCUAAUUUGACAUAAAUAAUAUUAAUAAUCUAUUUGCUGGGUUAUUAUUUCGAAAUGUGGCUUGGAGUCAUUAAUUUUAAAGAAAGAUUGAAAUGAGAAUCGUGGUUAUCAUAGAACCUAAUCAAUGUUGGGAGUGGUUUUAAAAACGACAACAAAAUACAUUGGUCUUACGAAGUCCAAUUUAAUUGGUUUUUUGUUCGAAAUAAAAUAAAUUUUUUUUAUCGAAUAAAACAUUAUGACAUUGGAUUUUAUGAGACCAAUGAAUUUGUGUAUUAUUUUCCAAUUCCGAUAAUCAUUUGAUUGAUUUAAAAUACAUUUUUAUAAAUUUUUAAAAUCAGUACUAUCAUUUUAUACAUCUUUGUGUGUAAAUAUAUUAAGAACUUUUAGAAUAAUUGAUUUUAAAAAGCCAAACAAUUAGCCAACUCAUUAGUUUAUCACUAAAAAAUCGCAUAUCGUCGAAUAUAAUUUUUCGUCGCCAAACACUUUAAAAAAUCGCCCCGUUUGGCCAGAAAACGCCACAUCUGACAGCCCUGCCUAAAACCUGCAAGUUCCGCCAAAGAGAAAACAAUUUUAAUUUCUCAAUUUCGUUGUCUCCUGGAAACUUGGCAAGUAAGGGGACACAACUGUUCAUACUGUUUUACUCAAAAUGAUUUUUUUAGUAAAAUUUAAGUCUUGUAGUAAAUGAGCAAUAUGCACAUUGGGAUGUCAUUCUUUCUAGGAUGCAUAUUAAUCUACUAAAUACGAGAAAAUAAAAAAAAUUUUGGAAAAGGGCAUCUGUUCCCUACCAGCGAUUGAAAAUCUUGAUCUCAGUACAACAUGUUAAAAAAUUGUUUGCAAUCUUUUCAAAAAAAUUCCGUUAUUUUGUGGUCCUCAAAAUCUAAAAAAAUUCCAAAAUUGACCAAACCAAAUCCCUAACAAUUUUUCAAAUAUUUUUCUGUGUAAUCUUGACUUAAUUUAGACACCUAUAUCGAUAUAAAGCUAAAAUAAUAUACCUCUUAAACCCACUAAAAAUCACUUUGUGGAACAAAGAUACUGUAAAGAAAUUAUGCAAUUACUUUUUCCACAAUCAGAUCGUGUUUCUCGUGUUCAGUACAUUUAUACAUACAUACGUAUCGAUUGAGAGGUAUUCCUGCAUGACUUUCUUAUUAAAGCUGUUCUUCGGGUUUUAAACGAUUAAAAGUUUAUUUAAUGUACAUAUAUGUAUAUGAAGUCGUAUAUCUAUUGUAUAUUUAAUACAAUAGUAAAACAUAUUUUUCGUACAUAUUUAUGUACAUGCCAUACAUGAAACACGGCGCAGCCUUAAUAAUAUUCUUUCCAUUAAUUAUGGUUUUUUUAAAGAAAUUUUUUCUUAGAUUAUUUAAAUUUUUGGCACAGUAUACGGAGCCAUUUUCAUAUUUCCGUUCUUCAGCGUAUUUACUUUGAAAAUCUCGCGAUACAAUUUGCGUACUUUGAUUUUUUAAAAGUGAUACUAUUUGACCAAGUGUGUAAGUUUUUCCCCUUAUUAAAACUAUUUUUAGUUUAUCAACAGUUUUAAGAAAAAUUAUCAAUUUUACAUACAUAUUAUAUUUACAUACAUAUUAUGUUGCAAACUGCAGGAUAUACCUUUCACAAGUUUGGGUUCAAUAGAUUUAACGAUUUACCAAAAUAUUUUCGGAUUGAAAAACUAUGCAAUAGUCUAAUAAGUAAUUUUUCAAAAUACCGAUGUUGAAACUGAUAUUUAAGCGAACAUUUUAUAAAUUAUCACAAAUUGCCAAGAAAAUCAAUCAAUCUCUCAAUUUUUUAUUUGGAUUAAAAACAAAAUUGAAAAAUAAAAUAAAAAAAUUUAAGUGAUACUGUAAUUGUAUAAUAUGUAGAAAAUAAUUAUGAAUGUAGUUUAAAUAAAUUUUUAGUUACUUAAGUGUUUAUAUUUAUUAAUUUUAAUAAAAAAUACAUAAAAAUAA